CCCUGCUCCUGCCCAAGAGCAUCCCAAGAACAACCUGCCGGCCGCAUCUUUCUUUUUGGCAGCACCGUUCUUUUGGCAGCACCUUUCGUUUGCCAACAGCACAUCGGCACCAAGCUGGACCCCUCGCAGCAGCCGGACACCAUCCUUCCUUCAGCAUGAGCUUCACGUCCCGGUUAUCACAGCCAACACGGCCGUCGCUCAAGCCCUCCGUCGCCAUGAACAGCAUGGUGGAGGGCAUGAGCGGGCUAGCGAUGGGCCCUCCCGGCCGAACAAGCGGCAUCAAUCCCCUCCAGCGGAAUGCUGGCAGCGCCCAAGGCACCGUGCCGAGGCGAUCCAGUGUCUACGCUGCGAACCGUCCCUCCGGCGUCGGAGGGCGCUCAAACACAUCAGACCCUCGCCCGACCCGAGACAAGCCGUGGCAAGCACAGAUGAUCAAGCAGCUGAUCAACUUUCUCGUGAAUGCCGGCUACGAUCAGCCGAUUUCAGCCAAACAGCUUCAGGCGCCGUCGCUGAAGGAUUUCCAAGGCAUAUUCCGCUUCCUUUACGCACUGCUGGAUCCGCAGUAUGCUUAUCAGAAGAAGUUUGAAGAAGAAGUUCCCCUGAUCCUCCGUGGGCUGCGAUAUCCCUUCGCCGAUAUGAUCACCAAAUCCAUUCUGCACUCAGUCGGAGCGAUGCACGCCUGGCCAACACUGCUUGCUAUGCUGACUUGGAUGGUCGAGCUCAUUAUCUGCGGCGACCAAGUUGUGACCUCGAACGUCGACCUGACCAACGCAGACGAGAACACUGUCGAAAUCGCCUAUUGUUGGUACCUGGCCAAAUCCUACACCAACUACAUGCGGGAUGUGAACUACGAUCCCGAGGACAAAGAGCUUCUUCUCUAUUUUGAAGGAAAGCUUGCGGAUCUCGUCUCCGAGACCGAUCAGCUCGACCAGGAAAUCAAGGUGCUUGAGGCCGAAUACCAAGCCCUCGCCGAGGGUGAAGAUCCCCUCGUGGCGCUCUCCAAAGAAGAGGCCACGCUGCGUGGAGACGCCUCGAAGCUGAAGCAGCUCAUGGCUCAUCGCCAGGCGCGGAAGACCAAGGUCGUCGAAGAAAAUGCCACACUCAGGGAGAAUAUUGCACUGAAACAAAGCGAACUCGUGAGCGUGACAAAUGAGCGCAACCACCUUCAACACAUCGUCGAUACACAAGAGAUCUCACCCGCCGAAAUCGACAAGAUCAACACGGAGAGGGAGAAGCUCACUUCGCAGCUGGCCAGUCUGGAAGACAGCAUCAAAGAAAUCGACAAGAAAUGCUGGGAAAUCGAAAUCGAGUACCAGCGGAUGUGCGAUGGGCUCACUGCAACCGUCAAGGACUACAACAGUCCCAGGAUCUUUUGUCGCAAUCAGAAAGAUGAGAGACUCAGUCAGAUUCUCAAGCAUGAGCUGAGCGUCCGGCCUUCGGCUCCGAACGCCUCUCAAAUGCUUUCGAUUGACAUUCAAGAGGUCGUCAAGCCGGCGCUCUAUGCCGUCCGCCAGCAAUAUGCUGCUGCUGCGCAGCAAACCAACGAAGAAAUCCUGCAACUGCAAGAGAAGCUGGACCACAUCAACGAAGCCUUUCACGAGAAGUUGGAAGAGCUCGCAGCCAUCGAGGACAGGAUCAAGAAGGCCAACGAUCAAUUUAAUGAAGAAAAGGAGCUGAGCGGCACCACCGAUGCAACCAGCCAGCAAGAGAUCGAGCACCUUGAGAAAACCAUUCCCCGGAUGAGAACCGAGGCCACCAACAGUCUCCAAAGCGCCCAUUAUCGAUCACAGCAACUGACUAUCCAAUUUGAGCAAACUCGGACCCGCUGCGCGACGCAGACAGAGAAGGCGUUCAGUCAGUUUCAGGACAUGCUCAACACGAUUGUGCAGCUGCAGGAGAAAACUCGCCUGCCCCUGGCCGAGCUCCGAGCGAUUGUUAGCGACGAGGCGUCGCUAUACGACUCUGUUUCGCCCAAGGGGUAAUGCCGUAAGCAGCCACACAGUCACUCCACAGCCUGCUCGGAUC